GAAACGUCUGAGUUCAAGCGUAUUUGCGUAACUGGUGAACUUCAAACUACUUACACGAAGUCGUUUCCGCGACCAGGUGAAAGCGUGCGAGGAGAUUCGUUCCAAAUGGGAAGCGGUGGAAAAGGAGCAAAUCAAGCCGUAGCAGCCUCCAGACUCGGCGCGAGUGUACAGCUUAUAGGGAGGGUAGGAAAUGAUACGUUUGGUGAGUCGAACAUCGAGAACUUGCGAAAAGCUGGAGUAGACAUUAGCCAAGUGGAGAAAUCCGACAGCAGUCAUACUGCUACUGCCACCAUAACUGUUAACGCACACGGCGAAAACACGAUUGUAGUGACCUUGGGUGCAAAUUUGGAGCUAGACGAUGAGUGUGCCGAGAGACACGAGAAAGCCAUCAGUAACGCCGCAAUUGUGAUGGCUCAAGCGGAGGUUUCCCGAAAAGGGAACAAAAAGGCGUUUGAGUUAGCAAGGAAGCACGGAGUGAUGACUUUUUUCAAUCCGGCACCUGGUGUACCUGACACGGACAUGUCCAUGGUGGCACUUAGUGACAUUAUUUGCACGAAUGAGAACGAAGCUGAAUUUAUUACAAACAUUCCUCAAAACACAGUGGAAGAUGCUGAGAAAGCAGCUGCACAGAUGAUAACUAUGGGACCAAAGCAUGCCAUCGUCACGCUGGGAGCUAAAGGAGUCGUGUUGGCAUCAAAAGGAAAACAAGAAGUCGAGCGCAUCCCUGUCAGAAAAGUGAAGGCCGUCGAUACUACGGGUGCUGGCGACUGCUUCUGCGGAUCGCUCGCAUACUUCUUGAUCGGUGGCAGGUUUUCAAUGUCUGAUGCUAUCAAGAAAGCUGCCGAAAUAGCAGCGUUAUCCGUUCAACGAAAGGGAACGCAGUCGUCCUACUGGACUCGAAAAGAAAUUGAACACGAAUUACCCGAUCUGUUAAGAUGA